AUGACUAUUGGAAAGCAUUGGGUUUAUGAUAAGCAUGAGGACUUGGUCUCUACUCACUUGCUUGCUUUGGCAAAACUGAACCCAGCAGUUAGGCUCAUUCCUGACGAGAAGGUGAUUUACAACCCUAAAAAGGAAACCAAAAAAGUUGUGGUCAUAUCAGGAGGUGGAGGUGGGCACGAACCGCUACACGCGGCCUACGUGGGGGACAACUUGAUUGAUGCUGCAGUGAGUGGAGCUAUCUUCGCUUCUCCUUCCACUAGACAGAUUAUGGCUGCUAUCAGAAAGGUUGGUUCCAAAAAGGAUGGUGAAGGUACGUUAAUUGUGGUGAAAAAUUAUACUGGAGAUAUACUCCAUUUUGGGCUUGCUGCUGAGAGAGCAAAAGCUGAUGGCUAUAAUGUAGAAUUGCUCCCUGUAACUGAUGAUGUAGCUGUAGGAAGGGAACAGAAUAAAAUGGUUGGAAGGAGAGCAUUAGCCGGGACAGCUUUAGUUCAUAAAAUUGUAGGUGGUGCAUCCUCUGCAAAAGAUAAGAAUUAUGAUCUUGCAGAUAUUGCAAAACUUGGAAAUCUAAUCAAUUCAAACUUGGUUACCAUUGGUGCUUCUUUGGAUAGAACUAGUGUUCCAGGAAAAUCCGAAGAUGAUGAGGAACAAGAGGAAGAGCAAUUACACCCUGAAUCAGCUGAAUUGGGAUUGGGUAUACAUAACGAGCCUGGCCAGCGCCUUGACCCAAUUCCUCAUAUUAAAGACUUACUAAAGACCAUGUUUGAGAAGCUACUCUCCUCUGAAGACAAAGAUCGUCAUUAUGUUGACUUUAAGAACGAUGAUGAGUACGUCUUACUCAUUAACAAUAUUGGUGGUACAUCUACUUUGGAAUUGUAUGUGAUUGCGGAGAAGAUUUUAGAAUCAAUCCCGUUAUCUAAAAAGCCAAAGAGAAUCCUCAUUAGCGAUUUUGUGACUUCUCUCAAUGCUCCAGGGUUCUCAAUUACCUUACUUAACUUAUCGAAUAUCACUGAUUUCGAUCAACAUGAAAUAUUGGCGUAUAUAGAUGUACCUACAAAUGCUCCUGGUUGGAAGCCCAAGACUUAUGAUUCGAAACUAUGGGAUGCACCAGGUGAUAAUUUUGAUGAAUCUCCAAUCAAAGAUGAUGAAGAUCCAGUGACAUCGAGCCUCAAGAUUGAUGGUCAAUUGUAUUUUGGAAAAGCGCUAAAGAGUGCUUUGGAAAACCUUUUGAAGGAGGAGCCUAAAAUCACUCAUUACGAUACUAAAGUUGGUGAUGGUGAUUGUGGUGAGACUUUGGCAGCUGGUGCAAAUUCCAUCUUGAAGGCAUUGGAACUGAAUAAAUCCUUCCAAGAACAUCUUGAUGAUCCUGUUGCAACAUUAUCAGUUAUCACUGAACUAGUAGAAGAAAGCAUGGGAGGCACUUCUGGUGGUCUCUAUUCAAUUUACUUGACAGCUCUAGUUCAAAACUUACAGAAGUUAAAGGAGGUUUCAAUUGAAACAGUCAGUGGUGCUCUUGAAAGUUCACUCUAUGAUGGACUCUUUAAAUACACUAGAGCUAGGACUGGAGGUAGAACUCUUAUCGACACUUUACAACCUUUUGUAGAUACUUUAGUGAAAGGUAAAGACUUAAAAGCUGCCCUUGAAGCUGCAAAGAAAGGUUGCAAUUCAACUGGGGACUUGAAGGCGAAAUUUGGAAGAGCAAGCUAUGUCGCAGACGAAGAAUUCCAAGAUGGCGGUGAUGGGAAGAUUCCUGACCCAGGAGCUGUUGGUUUAUUAGCUAUUAUCGAAGGCUAUAUCAAUAGUUUGAACUAA